AUGAUAGUAUUUCUUAUUAACAGAGGAUUACCAAUAUAUUUACGGUUAUUGUCAAUCGCUGAUGAAUUUGUCAGUUAUGCGAAAUCCAAUAAACCUUCAUUAUUAACCCAGAUUCUCGCCGCCAUUGUACUUGUCAAGCAAUACCAACGCUACGAUGACGCUAUCGAGCUCUUGACUCCGGAUAUCAAUAUGGAAAACCACGAUGAGUUGAACUUGGAAGUUUUCUCAGUGAUUGUCCAAAUUUAUUUAUUGCAAGACGCAUUGCCAAAGGCCAAAAACUUUUUGAAAAAGUUCAGUCAUUUGAACAUCAAUGAUUCGGUAGUUUAUAACUACAGUGAUGCCUUGGUAAGUUUGGUUCAAGGUGGAUCUACUGAAAUACCUGGAAUACUAGCAGAAAUAAAAAAAACAAAUUCUUUCUCAAGAGUUAUUAAUGGAAUUGUUACUUCCGAUAUUGCAUCUCGGAGUCAAUAA